AAAAAGUUUCACCGAGAUAAAAAAUACUCAUAGAAGAGCUGGAGAUGACUUAUUCGAUACAAUUGGAAAGUUUAAGUUUGACAACAUCAAAUAUUCCUUGCAACCAGAUGGAUUGCCGCGAGCAGCAGAAUUCAUCCUCGAAGAUCUGGAUAAAAAUCAGUUGUCGUGUACACUAUGGGGUGAGUAUGCACAGGCUUUGAGGAAUAUGCCCAGUACUUCGGCCGAACCACACAUCAUGCUGCUUCAGUUGUGUAGAGCAAAGACUGACUAUGGUGAGGUCAUUCUUGCAAACUCCUUUUACUGUACAAAGGUUAUAGUGGACGAGAGUAUCCCUGAAAUUGAGGACUUCCGUACUAAGU